UCCCUCCUGCCUUACCGUCCACCGGUCACGCACAUGCGCAGUGACCGACAUUGCGCAGACGUAGAUGCACGAGGAGGCUGUAAGAGGACAAUACAGCAAACUAAUUAAGCAAAUAUAAAAAAUAUAAAAAGAAGAGUCUUCUAAAGGAGGGAUGAACCAGCUGGAGUGUACAAGAGAAGAGGAGGAAGAGGAAGAGACUGAGUGUCACCAUGACAACAGUGACAGGACCAACAAUAACAACAACAACAACCGGCGCAAGACGGUGUGUCCAGGUGUAGGGGAACAUCCACUCCAGUAUAACUACACCUUCUGGUACAGCAGAAGAACCCCGAGUCGUCCUGCAAGUUCUCAGAGUUAUGAACAAAACAUCCGACAGAUUGGCAGCGUGGCAUCGGUGGAGCAGUUCUGGAGGUUUUACAGUCACCUGGUCAGACCAGGUGACCUGAGUGGACACAGUGACUUCCACCUGUUCAAGGAGGGAAUCAAGCCCAUGUGGGAGGAUGAUUUCAACCGUAGUGGCGGGAAAUGGAUCAUUCGACUUCGUAAAGGGUUAGCCAGUCGAUUCUGGGAGAACAUCAUACUGGCCAUGCUGGGAGAGCAGUUCAUGGUGGGAGAAGAGAUCUGUGGAGCAGUGGUCUCCAUACGCUUCCAGGAAGACAUCUUGUCGAUCUGGAACAAAACGUCCAAUGACCAAAUAACAACUUCCAGAAUCCGAGACACUCUUAGACGAGUUCUGAACCUUCCAGCCAACACCAUCAUGGAGUACAAGACCCACAACGACAGUCUCAGGGACAACUCCAGCUUCAGAAACACCAAGAUCUCCCUCUGAAGUGUGUGUGUGUGUGUGUGUGUGUGUGUGUGUGUGUGCCGACUAGUCCAGAAUUGGUUCAGACUGUUUUUUGUUUUUCUCUUCAAUUAAAACUAAUUCCUGUUGAUUUUC